UGCUUAAGCGGCUUCCCGUUAAAGAGAGGCUGGUCACCUGCCUACUACAGCAGAAGAAUCUUGUGGCACCAAGAAGUCAUCGAGAAAAGAUGAGUCUCCCUUUUUUGUUUGAACUAUAGUGGCCUGAUACGGCGCAACAGGAGCGGGAAAGGCUGAGGGUACGAAUUUUGAACAAAUGGACAGCGCUUUCGUUGACCUCGGUCAACAUUUGACGCCGGAGCGUGGGAACCAAUUGGACAUCAAUCAUGUCUUCAUCCAACAGCCGUGAAGCCCAAUUCGAGCACAUCGUUUCAGCGCUCAGAAACAGUUUGGGAGCCGCCUCUGGACGGGUGCGGCGUGUUUUUUUGGAUGCUAUUCGCAAAACGGCGGUAGAAUUCCAGUUCGUUGCGAUUGGUUUAAGACAGGCAUGCCUAGUGGACUCCGUUUCGGUUGAUAGGCUCAUUCUUGAUGAUGUGGUGGGACAGCUUCGGAAAAUUUCGAGCGGAUUUGAAGGUACCUUUGUGCUUCAAGAACCAUCUUCUUCGCAAGUAUUUCUCGUGAACGCCAACAUUUUACUGGCCGAGUUGAGGAACGGCCGUCCGACUGAAACACACUUCAUCACUGCAUCUGACGUACCGAAGCGCAUCCCUUGCCCCAGAGGGGUCAGGAGCGCACUAUCUUUCCUAGAAGAGCGCUUUCGGGACGUGGGGGCUAGUGAUUGCAUCAUUGGCGUGGAUCUUCCACCAAUGUCAACGUCAGACGCGAUCGCACUCGCCGGUUAUCUUCUGGAGUAUCCGGUAUCUUACGCGCCUGUACUCGACACGGCUCAAUCCCAAGUCUUCUUAUCAAACGUACCUUUGAAAUUGGUAAACGUCUCACUAGAAUUGGCAGGUAGACGUUCUCUUUCCCCAGUUCGCUUGCCAAUGUGGUGGCUUUAGGUGAUGAUCAGAUUGCAUCACAUUGUCGUGCGCUAUUCGAGAGUCGCCUACAAAACCCUUUCGCUCCGUGGCUUCGCAAGGCUCUCAUC